AGCAGAGGGAGUUGCAAGAAGCUCUGGAAACAAGUAGACAAAUGCAGAUGUGUUCACAUGGUUCUGGGUAAACUACAAGGUCCUGUUUGCAAUCCCAUUGCCCUCAAUUGAUAAAAAAUAGAAAUAAUUAAGAAUUCAGUUGUGUAGAGGUAUUGUCCUUCCUGACAGCAAAAGUUCUUUUUACUUUUCUUGCACCCCUUAUCUGGUGAUCUUGUACUGAGUGAACUCAGCCAUAAAAACCCUUGCCUGUUCUAUGACUACUUCUCACCUUUCUUGAAGCCUCUAUCUAUUAUUCCAGUUAAGUGCCUUCUAUAACAGCUUUCUUUUCUUUCUCUGGGAAAGACUGCCUAAUACAACAUUUGCCACUGGUUGCAGCUUCUGAUGCCUUUCUUACACAGGUGACAGAUUGCCAUGUAUUUGUAUUUUUUCUUAUCCUUAUUCUUUCCUGAAGCCUUUUUCCUGAAGUCCUAUUGCUAUUGGUAUUAAAAUAAUGAGCUUAUAUUUACUUUGACUGUUUUUUGUACUUACUUAAAUAUCCUGCUACUAUGUUAGCUCCUUCAGUCAUGGAGUUGUAUUUGUCAGUUUGGGCGGUAUAUUACAAGUCUGAUUUAUAGGACUUUUCAUAUUUCUUUGACUAAAAAAGGCAUUUUCUAGAAUGAAAACCAGCAGAGUGGGUCUCAAGAAAAUCCUAUAAACCCAGGAAAAAGUUGUGGAGUUUUUGUUUGCUUGUUGUUUUGUUUGUUUUGGUUUUUUUUUUGUAUGAAUGAGACAUAUUAAUAUGUGAAAGAAUCAAUCCUACAUAGACCCCCAACUGCAGUGAAAUAAUAAUAAUUAAAAAAAUGCUUCCAGUACAUCAAUUAUUCCUGAAUUAGCUGUUGGAAUGGAUGAGAACCGCUUCCUUACUUUCUUUGUACCCUGGACGUUUUCUGGUUUCAGUGGCUAAAAAAGCAUGAAUGACUCUUGUGUGCUGGUCUCUGUGCAUGACUUCAGCCUCAAAUAACAUAGUCUUUUAGGGAAUGCCCAUUUGUCAGGCAGCUUAUAAUAACGAUUUCAGCGAAGUUCAGUCCCUUCUGGAGCGUGACAGCAACUGUCUGAAUAUCCGGGACAGCUUCAGUGGAGACACCCCAUUAAUUUGUGCAUGUAAACAGGGAAACAACAGGAUAGUUAGCUAUCUUCUAAAAAGAAAUGCUGAUGUCAACCUCAGAAACAAGAAGGACCGCACUUGUCUGCAUUAUGCUGUGAGAAAAAGGUUUACCUUCCUUGACUAUGUGCUCAUCAUUAUCCUCAUGCCAGUGAUGCUUAUUGGAUACCUUCUUAUGGUCUCGAAGACUAAACAGAAUGAAAACCUGAUCAAGAUGUUGCUUAGAGCUGGAGCCGACGUUAACGCUACAGACUUUUCAGGCAGCACAGCACUUCACUAUGCUUGUAAAAUGAACAACCAGGCAGUUAUUCCUCUACUGCUUCAAGCUCAUGCAGACACUUCUUUAAAGAAUCAGGAUGGUGAGACUCCCUUAGAUAUAGCAAGAAGGCUGCAGUUCCACAGCAUUGAAAGUAUGCUAUGGAAAAAUUCCUAGUCAUUGAGGACUCCUGAACAUGCAGAAAAUUACCUCAUCUGGGGAUCCAUCUUGUGCAGCAGUGGGAGUCCUGCAGAGGGUUGAGGGCUCUCUCUUGAUAAAGACUUGGUCCAAAUCCACCCUUUCAUUGCUGCAGACUUUUGAAUAUUUUGUGUGAGAGUUGUCAAUAACCUCAAGGCCACAUGCACUGGAAAGUGUUAAUUUGGUGUUACUCAACCUUGAAUGAUUACAGGAGUGUGCAAAAUAUUGUUCUUCUCAUCUGCUUCCCCAGUGUUAUGACUUUGCUUGUGAGGUCAGUGGAUUUUGAAAGCUAACUUUAACAUGUCUGGAAGCCUAAUGAUGAUGGUUGGCAGCCAGUAAAAAAUUAAAAUGUCCUUUAGAG